UCCGGCUUCUGGAACGGAAAGGGACGGAAACUAAAUGAACCAACGGGCUUAAUUCCGUGUGAGGCACGUAUUUGGGCUCAGCACUUCACUACAGAGUUCUGCGUCCUCUCCAGGUCUCCGCGGUUUGCACGAGCCGGAGCCACUGUUUCUGCACUCCUGGUGUUUUCUUACAUGCCUGUUUUCCUCAAAAUGAGUGGUAGUAUCACCUUAAGAUCUUUUGGCAGAUUUUUGGUGCCAUUUACCAUUCAUAGGAAUAAAGGGGUUUUAUGUUCAACAAUUCUGCAGAGAUCUGUGUCUUCCAAAAUACCAACUGUGUCCUAUCCUAAGAAGGAGAGUACAUCACCUCCUGAACAGCGGGGAUUGGAUGGGUGGAAAAUUACAAUGAAAUCUAGCAUGCAAGAAGAUGCUUCGGCAGUCUCAAGCAGCAAGGACGAAGACCCUCUAGUUGCCAUCAGGGAGUUAAUUGAGAUGUGGAGAUUGUUUGGCAAAGAAGUACCAGAACAAAUCAGUGAAGAAGAACUCAAAACUGCUAUGGAAUGUGUUUCUAAAUCAUCAAAAAAAAAAUACUUAAAAUAUUUAUAUAUUAAGGAAAAAAUUAAAAAAGCCAAGCAAAUAAAAAAGGAAACGAAAGCAGCAUUAAAGGAAAAAGCCAAAAAAGACCAAUUACUGGAAACCACUAAGGAAGAUAAACAGCAAAACUUUCUAUUUCUACGACUUUGGGAUAGGAAUAUAGACAUUGCCAUGGGCUGGAAAGGUAUUCAGGCCAUGCAGUUUGGACAACCUUUGGUUUUUGACAUGGAUUAUGAAAAUUAUAUGAAACCGAAGGAACUUAAGAAUACUGUUUCCCAACUUUUAGAAAGUGAAGGAUGGAAUAGAAGAAAUGUUGAUCCUUUCCAUAUUUAUUUCUGCAACCUUAAAGUAGAAGGCGCUUAUCAUAAAGAGUUAGUUAAACGUUAUGGAGAAAAAUGGGACAAAUUGCUAUUAACAGCAACAGAAAAGUCUCAUGUAGACUUAUUCCCAAAGGAUAGUAUUAUAUAUUUAACUGCAGAUUCUCCCAAUGUUAUGACAACUUUCAAGCAUGAUAAGAUUUAUAUACUGGGAUCUUUUGUUGAUAAGGCUAUGCAGACAGGCACAUCCCUAGCCAAGGCAAAACGGCUGAAACUGGCAACAGAAUGCCUUCCAUUAGAUAGGUAUUUACAGUGGGACACUGGUACCAAAAAUCUCACCUUAGAUCAGAUGAUGCGUAUUUUGUUAUGUCUGAAAAACACUGGUAGUUGGGAAGAGGCUCUGAAGUUUGUUCCUAGGAGAAAACAUACUGGUUGUAUGGAGAUUUCUCAACAUUCUCAAGAGCUUGUCAACAGAUUAAAGAAGUCAAAACCUUUUAAUUCAUUUCCAAAAGGCUCUCUAAAUAUACACACACAGAAAAGGUGGCUUGAAUGAGAAUAUUUGAUAACUUAAAAAAUAAUUGGUCACAAUAUGUGUAAAUCGAACCAUGAUGCUGUAUGCCUUAAACUCUUACUGUGAUUUAUGUCAAUUAUUUCUCAAUAAAAUUGGGGGGGUAAGCAUAUGGAGUAGAAAUACAAUUCUAUUGGUCUAUUUCUUCCUAAAUGGAAUUCAUUUGUUCUUUUAAAGGUUGUCAUUCCAGGGGCACCUAGGUGGUUCACUUGGUUAAGCUUCCAACUUCAAUUAUUUUUUUUUUUUAACGUUUAUUUAUUUUUGAGACAGAGAGAGACAGAGCACGAACGGGGGAGGGUCAGAGAGAGGGAGACACAGAAUCCAAAACAGGCUCCAGGCUCUGAGCUGUCAGCACACAGCCCGACACGGGGCUCGAACUCACGGACCGCGAGAUCAUGACCUGAGCCAAAGUCAGCUGCUUAACCGACUGAGCCACCCAGGUGCCCCAAGCUUCCAACUUCAGCUCAGGUCAUGAUUUCACGGUUCAUGAGUUUGAGCCCUGCAUCAGGGUCUGUGCUGAUAGCUCGGAGCCUGGAACCUGCUUCAGAUUCUGUGUCUCCCUCUCUCUCAGGCUCUCUCAAAACCAAAUAAAACAUUAAAAAAAUUUAAAGGUUGUCUUUCCAAAUAAACUGAAGUGUGUGUCUUUUUUCCCAAUUAAUUAAAUUUCCGCAAGACUUUGGAAAUACCGUUUAUCAUAAACUUAAUAGCUUUUGAAAGUAAAAAGAAUCAUCCAAGUUUGUUGAGUACAGUAAAACAAUUGUACCAUGUCUGUGGCUUUUUUAUGAAUACUUUUGAGUCUUAGACUCCAUUUUCCUUCUUAGAUGUUCUUUGAGCCAUGUCAACUGCCCUUUCAUCAAAAAUUGAUACAGAAAAGAUUUUAAACUUCAGGUGAUGUUUCACUUAUUAAAGUAACAUUUGGUACAGUGCUUGGCAUGUCAUAGGGACUAAAGUAUAUUUAACUGAAUCUUUGUUAAACAAGUUUAAGACCUUCCUUGGCAUGUCAUGGGAUUUGGCUAUGUUAUGAAAAAUGUGUUUGAGGGAACAAAAUUCAUUUCUUGUUCUCUUAGAAAAAAAAAUUUAUUUGAUAAAUGUUACAUACAGCACUUCCCUAUUGUGUACAGCUAGCUUUCCCUUCUUGGGAAAAACUUCCUUUUCUCCAGCCAUGUGAUUUGAAUGGAAGCUGCCAUACUUUUACAGACCUUGCCCUGGCCACAGCUGAAUAUCCCAAAGGAGACACCUCACUCAAACUUAGAGAUGGGGAUCUGACUUUAAGAUAGGCCAAUCAGAACACUUUUCUAGUAUUUUUGGGUUUGAGAACUAAGAUAACCUGUGUCACUAUCUGAUUGUGAACUCUUGAUAGAUGGGAAGCUCUGGAAUUGAUGGUGGCCUUCCUUUCCAUGAAGGAAGACAGGCUAUAGUAGGAGAGAGUGAAGCUUGCAUAUAAAAAUAAGACCAAUUUUUGGAGCUGUUUAAAUCAUCGUUCCCAAUCAUCCCUGAGAUCCAGCUAUAGGUUUACCUUUAGUAUUUACUGGUUGUUCAAACCUCAUGCAAUAACCCAUCUAAUAGAUCCCCCUUUUUUGCCUAAGCCAGUUUAAAGCUGGGUUUCUGGGGCGCCUGGGUGGCGUAGUCGGUUAAGCGUCCAACUUCAGCCAGGUCACGAUCUCACGGUCCGUGAGUUCGAGCCCCGCGUCAGGCUCUGGGCUGGUGGCUCAGAGCCUGGAGCCUGUUUCCGAUUCUGUGUCUCCCUCUCUCUCUGCCCCUCCCCCGUUCAUGCUCUGUCUCUCUCUGUCCCAAAAUAAAUAAAUGUUGAAAAAAAAUUAAAAAAAAAAAUAAA